AUUGCAGAGGUGUCAACAUUGCAGCUGUCACCAGCCCAUUUCCCUCCCCUCGUACUCGCCAAGGCUCUGAUCUCCCCUCCUUUAUAAACCCCUUUCUCCCUCGCUCCCUCUUCACCACCACCACCACCACCACUCCCACCCUUUCUCCUACUGUGUCGCCAUUGUUUCUUUUUUUGUCAAGCUUGGAUUUCUCAAAUUCUCAAAAUGCAGAUUAGACGGCGUCGUUUUCGUCCUUCUGUUCCUUUUCUUAUUCUGCUACUGCUCCAAUUAUCAUGCUACCUUCGGGUCAGUGCAUCUUCUUCCCCAACCUCUGAAACCCUCAACCUGGACAAGCCGGAGUACUUCAAUCCGAAGCUCCCAGUCUCACCACUCGCCGCCUCCAACAGGUUUGAGGGCUCCUCAAACCUCAUCCACCUCCGUUACCAUAUGGGUCCUGUCCUCUCUUCCCCAAUCAACAUCUACCUCAUCUGGUACGGCCUUUGGACCCCUCCCCAGAAGCUCCUAAUCAAGGAUUUCCUCCUCUCCAUUUCCGCCAGCCACCGUGCCGCCCCUUCCCCUUCCGUCUCCGACUGGUGGAGUACCGUCACCCUCUAUACCGAUCAGACCAACUCCAAUAUCUCUCGUUCCGUUGCCAUCGCUCGUGAAUACGACGACCUCCGCUAUUCCAUUGGUAAAAACCUCACCCGCCUCGGAAUCCAACAGGUCAUUAACAAUGCGGUUAAGUCCGCACCUUUCCAGGUCGAUCACAAGAACGGCAUAUACUUGGUCUUGUCCUCCAGCGAUGUCACCGUUCAGGACUUUUGUCGAGCAGCUUGUGGGUUCCAUUAUUUCACCUUCCCUUCAAUCGUGGGUCACACGCUGCCGUAUGCUUGGGUUGGGAACUCAGAGAAACAAUGUCCUGGGAUGUGCGCGUACCCAUUCGCUGUGCCUUCGUACAUGGGUGGUGGUGGGCCAGGAGCGAUGUCGCCACCGAAUGGGGAUGUUGCGUUAGAUGGGAUGAUCAGCGUGAUAGCGCAUGAAUUAGCAGAGUUGUCUUCCAAUCCUCUCAUCAAUGCGUGGUAUGCAGGGGAGGACCCAACGGCGCCCCAGGAGAUCGGUGACUUAUGUGAAGGGUAUUAUGGGAGUGGUGCUGGAGGUGGGUAUAUGGGGCAGGUCAUGAAAGACAGAGCGGGAAAAACAUAUAACCUCCAUGGAAGGGGAGGGAGGAAGUUUCUGGUGCAGUGGGUAUGGAGUCCAGUUUUGCAAGCAUGUGCUGGACCUAAUGCUUUGAAUUGAAAGUUGAAGGCUUGAAGGCUAAAAGCACACAGUUGCAGACAUGAGAGAGAAGGAGUUCAUGUGUUUAAUGAGGGGAGACAGGAGAAACAUCGUGAGAGUAAGGUAUGCGUAUUUAUUUAUUUUUUUUUUAUUUUUAUUUAAUGGCAAAAAUAUUUAUUGCUGUCAAUAUUUCAAGAGUUCUCUGGGCAGGCAUGAGUGAUGAGUCGCAUGACUAAUUUUUAACACAUGGAAAGGUUAUUUAGUCAUUUUUAGCUAUUUUAACAUUUGAAUAAGUUGGGAGACUGUCAAUGUGGCCUCACAUCUCAUUGUUUGAGAAGGGUACGUCAGCAUUUCUUUAAUUCCUUCGAUCAUUUGCCAUCUUAUGUAAUGGAAUGCUCUCUUGUGUACCUCUAUGUAUCUCCUGGGCAGUCUAUAGACUAUCUUCGCACUUAUUAUUUUUA